AUGGGCCGAUCCUCCCCUUACAUUGUGAGGAGGGCUCGGGUGUGGGAGACCUCCUGCACGGUGUGGAUGGAAUCGUGUUGUGCACCAGGUGCUACCUUCCAUGUCAUGGGUCGUGCUAGCGUUGGCUCAUCUAUGCCCGGGCAUGGCGGCGACGCUUGCGCAUGUGGAUCGCCGCGGGCGGGGCUGGCGGCGUCCGGCGGUGCGGACGACUCCGCCCGCCUCUACGACCUCGGCCCGCUCCUGGACCCCUCGGCCACCGUCUCUGUGCUCGCCUUCUACUCCCGGGGCCCCGUGCCGCGGAACCUCCUGGCCGCCUGCGACGACGGCGCGCUCCUCCUCUACGACGCCGACGGCUUCGCACUACUCGCCACGCUCCGCGCCUUCCCGCGCCACGAGGCCGUCGAGGGGCUCGCCGUGCACCCGUCGGGCAGCGUCGCGCUCGCCGUCGGCCGCGCGGGGGCGCUCGCCAUGCUCAACCUCGUCCGUGGCCGCCGUAGCUUCGCCUGCCGCCUCGAGCGCCCCGCGUCCGCGGUCGCCUACGCUGAGGACAGGGACGGCUGGGACCGGUUCGUCAUGGCUGCUGAGGAGAAGGUCAGCGUGCACGAUUCCGUGGAUGCCAGGAUUAUUCAUCAGAUGGACUGCGGCAAGAGGGUUCUCGCCAUGGCGCCUGCCAAGAAUGGAGUCCUUUACACUGGAGGCGAGGACCGUUGUGUUACUGCUUGGGAUGUGUCCAGCGGCAAGGUCUCCUCACGCAUUGAGGGUGCUCAUGCAACUCGUGUAAAAGGGGUUGUUGUUUUCGAUAAUCGCAAGGGUGGAUCAGAGCUCUCCAAUCUAAUUGCUUCUGCUUCGUCUGAUGGUGUCAUAAGGAUAUGGGACAUUCGGACAAUUGGGAAUGAAAAGCCUACUCCAUUAGCAAAGGCUAAUACAAGAGCAAGGCUAACUUGUCUUGCUGGAACGUCACUGAAAUGUGCUUUGGCAUUUGACAUGGACUAUGCUGGAUGGCAAGAUGAUCACAUUAAGCAGAUAAAUGAACUGAGGGCUGCACUCAAUGCACAUGCUAGUGACGAUGAUCUUCGGCGUAUUAUCGACAGCUUCAUGGCACAUUACUACGAAGCUUUUAGGCUUAAGGGUGUAGCAGCCAAGGCAGACGCUAUUCACGUGCCGUCAGGAAUGUGGAAGACCCCUGUCGAGAGGUGUUUUUAUGUGGUUAGGUCAAUUUUGACCGUCAGAGAUUCUAAAGGUUUAUGGUCUCUCCUCACUUGUUCUUAUUGCGUCAUGUGCUUCUGUCAAAGCUGA